AUGGACUCUAUACAUGCUGAUUUGCAUCGAUCUCCUGCAUACCAGCUAACUGAUCCGUCGGUGGUGACACUACCGCUGCCUGGUACAGGCCUCACAUUCCAGUGUCUCAUUGGAAACCCAGAUACUCAAGCUUCAAAGGUUCACACUACUUCCCGAGACGUGAAUCUCAGCGACCCUUCAGUCAGAAAGGAAACUGUUACGAAUGCUCUCGCUCAACUCGAACCAUUAAAAAAGUCGGGUUGUCUGUACUAUAAUCAAGGAUGGUGGACUUUUGAGUUCUGCUACGGCUCUCACAUUCGACAAUUCCAUCAAGUUCAACCUCAAGAAGCCCAGGAUCCAAAAGUGAAAACUGAAUAUAUACUGGGUAGAUUCAAAGUUUUAGCAUUAGCUGAUACUAGACAGCAGCAAACUACCCAACCUGCUUCGGAUCUUAUGGAUUUACCCAAAGAAGGAAAACGGUAUUUAAGACAACAUUACGGUGACGGCACCAUGUGUGAUUUGACAAACCAGCCAAGAUCUGUCGAAGUGCAGUUCCACUGUGCUCAACCGACCGACCAAAUCGCAUUAAUAAAAGAAACAGCUACAUGUCAAUACCUGCUAGUAGUACAUACCCCUCGAUUAUGUCGUGACGCAGCCUUCUUAGCACCACAAUCCGCACGACCAGUCAAAAUCGAAUGCCAUCCAAUGCCACCACCACUUGGAUUAAAAAGCAGCAUACAGGCAAAAUCAUCUGAUAUAGAUAAUAGCAAUGUCCAGGAAAAAGGUCAGGACGGAUUUGUCUCUCAUUCCAUUUUCGAUUACGCAGCUGCUCGGAAAUUAGGUGAUGGAUAUGGCUAUUAUCUGGUACCUGAACUGCUUGAUCCAUACUCCUGGACGCGUGUAGAUAUGCAGAGAGGAGAUGAUUCUCGAAUAGUUGUACGGAAACACGCUUCAUCUCCUCCGCCGUCACAGCAACCACCAUCUCUAGCAGCUCUAGAUUCUGAAGCUAUCAAAACAUUAUCGAGAGCUGUCGCGCAAGCAUUUGGAGGUGCUGCUAAUCCGGCCGGCCGAAUGCAACCUAAUGGUGAACCAGUCGAUGUAAAAGUAGUAGUUAUCAAAGAUGGAGAACAGCAGGUUGUAGGAAAUGUAAAGGAGAAGAUGGCUAUGACCGAGGAUGCCUUCUAUGAUGAAGGAGGAGAUCGUGAAGGCACAGUCGAUCUGUUGGUGGACCAUAUUUUGGAUCACUUAUUAGCAAAAGAUGAAUUCGAUGGUAAUGAUGAUGAUGACGAGAUGUUGCUAGUGCCAUCUCGUGACUCUUCACUAGAUGAUGAUAACGAGGACGAUAAGAAGCCGAAGUAUCAACAUAAAGAACUGUAA